UUUCUUGGAGCGCAGCGUGUGAGCUUCCGGAAAUGCGCCUCCUCUCCACUCCCAGGUUGUCUGGAAACUGGAGGGAGGGACGAUGUCCAACCAGCAUCGGGUCUAGGAAGUUAUAAAGGGCUGAAGGAGACAAAAGGUGCCAGUUCAGUUGUUGGGUUCCUUGGGAAAAGGGGGGAGAAGCCAUUUGGAGCAACACCUUCUUGGUUUUGUGGUUGCCCAUACAAGCAAAGUGACCUACAAUGGUUCUCCUGGUGACCACUUCUCAAAUGCUGUGAUUAAAAAAGACCAUGGGGGAUAUCAUCUUUGGAAUCAUCCUGGCCAUCCUCUCGUCGCUCAUCAUGGCCGUGAAUGUUUUCGUGGUGGUGGCCUUAGUCCAGCUGAUCUGGAAGACCCGGAGCCUUGGGUUCUGCUUCAUCCUCAACCUUGCUGUCGCCGACUCCUUGGUGGGCUUCACCAUCACGGGCCUCGUCACCGAAGAGCUCUCCGACUCCCAGCACAAGACCCCGCAAAACUACUGCGUGCUGCGCAUGGCCUGCGUCACCUGCCCCUCGGCCGCCUCCAUCAUCACAGUCAUUUUGGUCACCUUCGACAGGUACCUGACCGUCAAGCACCCCUUCCAGUACUUCAGAAUCAUGUGUGGCUACGUCGUGGGGGGUUGCCUUGCAGGGCUUUGGCUCCUGGCUUGCUUCAUUGGCUUCCUCCCUCUGAUUGCUCACAGCCUCCAGAAAAAGAACUACGAGGGACUGUGUACUUUCUUCAGCGUCUUCCAGCCCACGUACAUGCUCACCAUCUUUUGCGUGGUUUUCUUCCCAGCCUUCUUUAUUUUCAUCUACUUCCAUUACGACCUGCUGAAGAUUGCCUCUCUGCAUGCCCAGCAGAUCCGAGAGCUGGAACCCACCGGCUUGACAGAAACGUGCCCAGGUUCUCCGCCCUCUAAUAUCACCAAAGCGUUGCGCACUGUGGCCAUCCUAGUGGGGUGCUUUGGGGUCCUGUGGUCACCCUUCUUCAUUGGGAGCAUUGUGAAGAUUGCAUGUGAGCGGUGCAACCUGGACCACAUCCUUGAACGGUACCUCUGGGUGAUGGGUGUGUGCAACUCUCUGGUGAACCCACUGAUCUAUGCCUACAGGCAAAAGGAGGUGCGCCUGCAGAUCUGCCAGAUGUGUCUGUGCAUGAAGAUCAAGGUCUUCCCCCUGUUUCAUGGACACAGCCAAAACCAUGCUCCCAGCAGGGCCAGACCUUCGGUGCACAUCAUCUCACUGGCCCACCUGGAAGGAUGACAUGGUAAGAGGGCUGGGAUGACCAUGGCUUUGGGA